UGCUAAGUUUGUCUUACCUUUUUUCUACAGAGGAUCAGAAGACCGUUCUCGUGAGGGCCACCUAUAAGUCACCAUGUAUGAUGACUGCAUUGAGUCCAAUGGGGAUUAUUAUUUCCUCUGUGACACUGAGGGGGCAUGGGGCAUUGUUCUGGAGUCUGUGGCAGCAAUUGGCAUAGUGGUUACAAUUAUACUGCUCUUGGCAUUUCUCUUCUUCAUGCGAAAGGUUCAAGACUGCAGCCAGUGGAAUGUCCUUCCCACCCAGCUCCUCUUUCUCCUGGGUGUGCUAGGGCUCUUUGGCCUUGCUUUUGCCUUCAUCAUCCAGCUCAAUCAGCAAACUGCCCCUGUACGUUACUUUCUUUUUGGGGUACUCUUUGCUUUCUGUUUCUCAUGUCUCUUGGCUCAUGCCUCCAACCUGGUGAAGCUGGUCCGGGGUAGAGUCUCCUUCACUUGGACAACAAUUCUGUGCAUUGCUAUUGGUUGCAGCCUGUUGCAGAUAAUAAUUGCCAUUGAGUAUGUGACUCUCAUGAUGACCAGAGGUAUGAUGUUUGUGCACAUGACACCCUGUGAUCUCAACGUGGACUUUGUCGUACUCCUGGUCUAUGUCCUCUUCCUGAUGGCCCUCACAUUCUUCGUCUCCAAAGCCACCUUCUGUGGCCCAUGUGAGAACUGGAAGCAGCAUGGAAGGCUCAUCUUUGUUACUGUGUUCAUCUCUAUCAUUAUCUGGGUCAUAUGGAUCUCCAUGCUUAUGAGAGGCAACCCACAGCUCCAGCGGCAGCCCCAGUGGGACGACCCCGUCAUCUGCAUUGCUCUGGUCACCAACGCGUGGGUUUUCCUGCUUCUGUACAUCAUACCUGAGCUCUGCAUUCUGUACAGGUCACGUAAGCAGGAUUGCCCUUUACAGGGCAACACCGGCCCAGUGCCAGGCUACCAACACAGCUUCAGAGUGGAGAACCAAGAGCUCUCAAGAGCCCGAGACAGUGAUGGCGCUGAGGAGGAUGUAGCAUUAUCUUCCUGUGGUACCCCCAUUCAGCUGCAGCCUGUUGAUCCCACACAAGAGUAUUUAAUCCCACGGGCUAAACUAAGCCCCCAGCAAGAUGCAGGAUUAUAAAGUCCACAAGAAAUAUGAGUAGCGAAAACCCAGGAGAUGAUCCUGGUUAACAGAGCCCUGACGAGCCCCCGCGGAGCCCACAAAGUCCUGUUACCAACAGAGCAUCGACUUGUCUUUUUUCCUGUUAACUAGCUUCUCCAUCUGUCUGGACUCUUCAUCACAAAACUGCUCUUUCAAGUGUAAUUACAGUCUUGUUGGCCACCCUACCUGGACUGUGUGU